AUGAAGCAGAAUGGAAAAGUGGAAGAUGGUAGCAACAUAUCAGUGACAAGAAUUAAACCUCUAGAUGAAGAUAACCUGAGCUUACAUAAAAAGGAUCCAUUAGAAGUAAACAACACUGCAAAAACUCCUCCAAAGAAGAAAACUAAAUACUUGUGUGUUUACUUUCGAUUCUCAACAGGGUUAGAAAGACUUCUACUCUUUAUUGGUUUUCUUGGGGCCCUUGCUACAGGAGCAACAUCACCACUUAAUAUAUGGUUGUUCGGUGAACUUAGUGGAGAAAUGGUAGCAUACGGUUUUGGCAUUCUGACUGGGUCAAAUCCUGAUAAAAAUGCAUUCAUGGAUGCUGUUCAGCGCUUCGCAGUUCUGAACUCCAUACUUGGAUUUGUAAUGCUGGUGUUGACAUACUUGUCAGUCUGGACAUACAAUUUUGUAGCCAGUAAACAGGUUCUCCGAAUAAGAAGUUUGUAUCUCAAAUCCGCAUUGUCGCAGGAUAUUGGCUGGUAUGAUGUACAGCAGACUGGAGAUUUUGCCAGCAGAAUGUCAGAAGAUUUAACAAAGCUCGAGGAUGGGAUUGGAGAGAAAGUGGUUCAGUUCAUGCAUUUUAUGGCAACAUUUCUUGGCUCAUUGAUAAUGGCUUUCACAAAGGGCUGGCUUCUGUCUCUGGUUUGCUUAGCUUCACUUCCUGUCUCAUUGGUGUCUGUUGGAAUAGUGGGUGUGAUCUCAUCAAGACUGGCCAAGAAGGAGAUGCAAGCCUAUGGUCUAGCUGGUUCCAUUGCUGAAGAGGUUCUGAGUUCUAUCAGGACCGUUAUAGCAUUUGGUGGUCAGGAUUCUGAGGUGAAGAGGUAUAAAGCCAACCUUAUUUAUGCCAAAAACAUCAAUGUAAAAAGGGGAUUUCUCUCAGGACUUGGAUUUGGAAUCCUUUGGUUCUUGAUCUAUGCAAGCUAUGCACUAGCAUUUUGGUAUGGUGUUGGUCUGGUGUUGGAAGACAAAUAUAAACUUGAAGAUGAAAUUGUGUACACACCACAAACUAUGGUCACAGUGUUCUUCGGUGUUAUGGUGGGUUCAAUGAACUUUGGUCUGUCAUCCCCAUAUAUUGAGGCAUUUUCCAUAGCCAAAGGAGCUGCAGCAAAAGUAUUCUCAGUAAUUGACCGUGUCUCGCCCAUCAACAGCUUGUCUGAAGAUGGGAAGCGCACAGGAAAGAUGGACGGUAACAUAUGUUUCAGAGAUGUACAUUUUGAAUAUCCAACUAGGGCAGAUGUUAAGGUACUUCAGGGUUUGAACUUGGAUAUAAACCGUGGUGAGACAGUGGCUCUUGUGGGAAGCUCUGGAUGCGGAAAAUCAACAUGUAUCCAGCUCAUUCAGCGAUUCUAUGACCCACGGCAAGGAACAGACCAUGCUUGGCUGCAUGCAGAGCAAGCUGUGGCUGAUUUGUUCUAUCGAUGGGGCUGGGAAGUGCUGUACCAUCCACCAUACUCCCCGGACU